UGGCUCCUCCUCGGCAUCUACCGGCGCGUGCCUCCUUGAUGGCCGUGUGGCUUCCCCUCUACCUCCAUCGGCGCGUGAAAAGGACAAUAGCGGUGGGGCGAAGGAGCUCGAGAGGCAGAGGUGGCUGAGGGCGUUGAGUGGCGAAGGCUUCUCCUCCUCGGCUCUCUCGGCCACCACAUGCUCACUUCGACGGAGGCCAUUAUCUCCAUCCCUUCCAACACAUCUCAUCAUCGUGUGACGGCCGCUGGAGGCGAGGACCUGUGCUGGUCCUCCAUGGCCAGGUUCGGCUAUCACCCUGCCAUCGAGAACUCCCCCAACAAAUGCAGUCAUGGCUCCAUCUACAACAACAUGCCAUCCCACCACGGUUCUUAAUCGAUCCCCACCACCAAUGCCUCUCUCCUGACGAGACAGAAAGCACCAAUCAAGAACAACGAGGUGGAUCAAUCAAGAGAGCAAGAGCAAUGGACAGACGAAGGAGAAGGAGAACAGCAGCGGGGCGGCGGCGCGCCUGCCCGGCCGCCCCCUGCAGCAAGGGGAGGGAUAAGAGAGAGAGGCUAGGGAAUGGGAUUAAGGAAAUGAGGGAGAGAGAGGGGAGAGGGGAGAGAGAUAGAGAGGGUAGAGAGUGUGACUGGUAGGUCCCACGUAUUUUAUUUUCUAAAAAAUGCUUACUGGACUGUUAUGUAGGAACAUAACCACGCUCCGGGUUGAGUUAGGGGGUAAUUCUUUUGGUACUAAUAGUUAAGGGUGAAAGAUGUCUGGUUUUUGGGUUUACAGGGGUAAUUCGUACUUUUUCUGAUUUUAACAAAAUUUACAUCAUAUUUCAGAUGUCAAAUAUCACUUGACGACUAUACAAUGCUAAUUUAAAUCUACAUAUGUAAAAUAAAUGAAAACAAUACAAUUUAGUUGUGUAUUUUUUAAGUGGAUCUGAUUUGAUUUUAAUUUGUUAGAGAUUAAGAUUCUCAAUUUUUUUUAAUCUUUAGAAUUAUUUCAUUAGUAUCUGAUAAGUGGGCAACUUAAAUGUUACAUCCAUGUAAAAAAAUUAUGAAAAAAAAAUCCAAGCCAAUUAUUCUUGCUAUAAUACAACCACUUAAACCAUCAUGAGAUUUAUGGUCAUAUGUAUGUUUUUCUCUGUGUGAAAUAGUUUUGAUAACAAAUAAACAAACAAGUAACAUAUGCAAUAAACUAUUUAUGAUAUAUUUUCUUAUACUUGAAGAGUUCCAACUUAUCAGGCAUAAUUUGAUGGACGUAUGCCAUACACCCUAUUGAUGUGACUAUAAAGUAUACUUCAAUAAAUUAGUUAUUCAAUAAAUUAGUUAUUGUAAAUAAGUUUGGAAAAAUAGAUUCAUUCUCCAAAUUAAUUAGUAAAGGUGUCUCAUCUGAUUAUGAAUAAUAGGCAUUGGAAAAAAACUCAAAAUUAUAGAUAUUUGUCAAAAUAUAACCAAUAAUAUGGUGCUUUGGAAAUUACGGUGGUAGUAUUUAAAAAAACCUUUAUCCGGGUUAAAAAAUCAUAUAUAGUAGACAUAGAUAUGAAACAACUCCAGCAUUCCAUAAUCAUGACACAUGUUUUCAUAAAUUCAAGGUUGUACGGUUUGAAGUAAUAUGUCCAAAUUAGAUAUUAACGAAAACAUGUUUAAAAUAGAGUCAAGAUCUAUUUUAUAAAUAUCAUAUACACGUAAACAUUCGUAACAAAAAUUCAAGCAACAUUAAAUAAGUGUCCGCGCAUACGCGCAAGCUAUUUUCCUAGUUGGAGUAUAAUAAGUGUUUCUUUUCACAACCUUUCCUUGUGUAUAGCCAUAUUUGCACAUUUAUAUAGAUACCAGAUUUUAAUUCAUUAUUAUAAAAGAAAAAGAUUGAUCGAUUAAUCUGGGUGUACGUGGAGCACACACCUAAUUAAUACUCUGCACUAAUAUUUUGAAAUGGUCAAACCACUCAAGUCACUUAAGUGCUUACUGCACUUGAUAAGAAAGCAUUUAUACCUAAAUUAACAAAUCAUCAAUAUACAUCAUUGUCAAAAAAAUUAUCAUCAAAUGUCAUGUGAAUAAAUAAAUUACUAAAUUAAUAAACAAAUUUAUAGUGCCUUCUACACAUAUACUAGAUUAAUAGAUAUCUCUAACCUUUUUAUCGCGUGCUCGCCGCAAGUGGAGACGGAGGCCAUCGUGUUCGUCGUGAGCUCUCUCUCCCUCUCCCUCGUUUCGCCUUCCACCUUUUUCUCGCCUCGAUCACAAGCUUGCCAAGCCGCGCGGUUCAUGUUGCCUCCACCACCCACUUGUAAAGCUCAAUUAUAAGCUAAGCUCUCUCCUCCUUAUCCUCUUUUGGCGGGAAAGAGAGAAAAAGGGAAAGCUAUAAAGAGAGAUCGAUCGGUUCGAUGGCGAGAGACGUCGUCGAGGCCGCGGCGGCAGCGGAUGGUCGUCAUCAUCACAAGGCGGUUGUUGCGGCGGACGGCGGCGGCGGCGGCGGCGCGGGGACGGCGGCGCUGGUGUGGGACUGCGGCAGCGCGCUCUACGACUCGUACGAGCUCACCUCCUUCCGCCGCCAGCUCGACGCCGCCGUGCUCUCCUGCGGCGGCAGGUCGCUGUCCAUGCCGCACCUGCUGUCGUCGUCGUCGACGCAGCAGCAGCAGAUGCCGGCGGGGCGGAGGAGGAGGAGGAGGCGGCGGCUGCCGGCGAUGCUCCGGAGGCUGUUCGGGAAGGUGCUGCUCCGGCUGAGGUUCCCCGUGGCGUCGAGGGCGGCGAGGGGUGGCUGGUACGACUACGGCGCCCACGGCGACGGCCGCCCGGGGUCGCCGUGGUCCGGCGCGCUGACGUCGAUCCCGGAGGAGAGCGCCAGCCCGGAGAACGGGCCGUCGUCGUCCCCGCUGGUCGACGACGACGGGCCGAGCGCGCUCCGCAAGGCGCAGUCGGAGCGCUUCGUCGGCAGCAAGACGGCAUCGUCCAUGGUGCAGUUCGAUGUCGUCUUGUAGCCGACGCUGCUCUAGCUAGUCUCUGCACGACACACUACUUACGCUGUACUAUAUAGUACUGUUCAUGUCACACCUGUAAAUUAAAUUAGCACGAAGUAAAAAUUAGUAUCAAAAUCAGUCGCUGAUUUAGUUGUUAUGGAAAGUAGCUGCAGGCUUGAGGGUCUUCAAGCAGUGCAAACAAUGGGGGAUUAUUGAGACAUUGUUUGUUGUGGUUUGAACAAUUGGAUACAGGAAUACAGGUGUGGAAUUUUGGGAGAGGUUCAAAAUUCUGGGUGGAAAAUUUCUGAUUUCUUUUAUGUCGGUCAAGAAGAUUUUCGGGACAACUGUAAUUUGCCAAGUUUCCAUGCGUGAAUGAUAUAUCUGCAAAAUAUUAUUGCCUUCAUA